AUGGCAGAAAACAAUUUAAAGAAUUUGAGACGUUUGGCGAAGAAAUACAACAUCCGUUUUCGCCUUCCCAGCGAACCAUUGCCCGACUGUCACGCUGACACAUUCAAGAACAUCGAAGAGUUGGGAAGUUAUCGAUUCGAGACAUAUGCUGAAAAUGCCAGCAUUAGAUCUGCUGAAGAGCCCUGGGCUCGGCAAACCAAAUCUCGGGCCGAAUGGCUGGCUCAUCGAGCUGCGAGGUUGUUCAAGCAAAAUCGCAAUGAAGCAGGCUGGCGUUUUGGACUAGAGAACGAUGUAUUGCGAAGGUUUGCUGUUGAAGUAGCAUGCUAUGAGACCGGAACGAACAAUCUGUUUGAGGAUCGGGCCGAAGAAUUCAUUCUUUAUGAAGGGAUCCUGCGAUCAGAACUGAAGAAACAAGGCCCGGACCGUGUCUACGGGCUGAAGAAUACAAGGAAUCUUGACUCUCUGCUCUCCAGCCUAGCACCGCCGGAACUUGCAAACGAGCCUGGCGAUACUGUUGCUGACGUGAUAAAACACACUCCAUUCAGCUCGGAUGUUGAUCCUCUGCUUUUUCCUUUUUUAGUCCUUGAGGCGAAGUCCGAAUCUAGCAACAGCGGAUUUGAUGCCAUACAAAUACAGUCUGCUUUUCCAAUUCGGGCCCUCUUGAAGUUGCAAGAGGAUUUACAGUCUAGUUCCCCUAUAUCCGAUCCCGCAAUGGCUCCGCUAGUCUGGUUCCUUGCAUGUCGGGGUGAUGCGUGGAGGGUCUAUGGGGCUUACCUAGCCCCUGGACAAAACGAAAGCCCAACUUUCUAUGAAAUAUCCCUACUAUGGUCUGGCUCUUUGUUACAUAAAGAUCAGGCUCUGCAACUUGUGCUGAUUGUUGACUAUAUUAUGGAUUGGGCCCGCGAUAUCUACCGCCUUGAGAUUGUGAGACAUCUCAAAUCCAUUGUCACUGGACAAAUCUCAGACCAAAUGAGCUUCCAAGAUAGCGAUAUCUUUUCUACAUGCGGAAGUGUCUUCAACUGGAUCCCACCUCCGCGAAGUAUCGCAGCUGAGGACAUUGCAGAAUCAAGUUUCACAGCGAGCCGGGAUCAAUUCGAAUCGAGUUUGUCAACCCAUGAAGCAAUGCUAAAUGCCCCGAUUCCAAAUACGGAGCUUGGAUCUCUUCGCUCUGCCUUUAUUUCGAAUUUUCGCUUUGUUUGUCUUUACAUCACAUCUGAUUUGGUCCCAAGUCUACUGGAAAUGAUCGGAGGCAAAUAUGAGACCAGAGCCAACAUUGAAUCGGUUGCUCGACGGCUGAUAAAUUUCGUUACACAGUUUGACGAGGUGUUGGUGAUGUCGGGGAGGAAUCUUGAGUUGCUUGAGAUGCUCUGGACUGGAGUCAGUCAUUCGAGCCCCGAGGUUUAUCCCGAGGAAUUCUUUGUUAUCAUGGAGACGAGUUGGUAUUUCAGUACUUCUUGGGAUAUUAAGCGAGAAAUCUCAUGCUUGGCGAUCUCCAGAACAGCUUUUGAUGUGUUGAAAAAGACCGCCAACUUCAGAGUCAAACACAAAGGUAUCGACAAACUUGAACGGUCUGAACGGAUUUGUCACGAAAAGGCAAUACGAGAUUUGGUCGACUGCCUGACAUCCGCAUCUUCAUAG